AUGGCCGAACCGCAGGAUCCGAGUCAAACCCAGAAGGAGGAACACCCGCUCCUAGCCUCACGUCCGCCAGUCACAGAUGCCAUCACCUACCUGACAAUCAUCGAAUACAACCUUGAGGAACAGAAUUUGCCAAUUCUCCACCAAGUUCUCCAGGAUUCCGAGUUGACAUCUACUAUCGGCUGGGAUUUGAUUCAUUUGCUACUUCCAUUUCUUCCCGCUUCAGAAGAGUGUUUGCAAGACAUUGCGACCAAAGGCAAUCCUAGAGAAUGCGUGUUGAAAGUUACGGAAGCGCUGCGACUCCUUGAGUUCGAGGAACUGCAUGAAGAGACGGAUGAAGAGGAGGAUGGCGCAGAAGGAAGCGAACGGAAGCUCAAAAGUCCGGAGGUCGGAUUGGGCGAGUCGAGCACGAGCCCUGCGUUCCAACGCACGAUACUACCACCAUUACCAGUACUCAAGUUCGAGAUCCUAUUGGAUGUGCUAGCGACACUACAUCGACGAGUGAAGACCAAGUAUCCAAGCCGAUUUCUCUCGACCAGUCUGCAAGCUGUGCUCGUCGCAUACAAUAGAGCCAACACGCACAUCGAAGAGCUCACGUUGUCCGCUAUUAAGUUUGUCAAGACGCUUUCCGGGACCAAGAGGCCGCAUCUACCGUCAAGACGAAGUAGCGGGAAUCUUCUGCGAACAGGGACCGGCCAGUCCGAACCAGAUGCGGAAGCACAGAGUGAGGCGCCAAGCUGGGAAGAGACUCAUUUGGUCAACCGGCUACUUCAGUCAUUUCUCACACAUAUUCUGGAAGACUAUGUGCUAUCUCUGACCUCAGACGAUGAUGUUCCUGGCUUGUCGUGGGCCAGCAGAUUGAUGGAGAAGUAUGAGCCUCAGAGGAUACCAAAUAAGCCCAACUACCAGAAGUAUGCAGAUCGCUUCGCGGACGAUGAGGACUUGACAUCUAGGGUUGCGAUACUUGGACAAGUUGUUGCUCUGACACAGGAUCUGGGGUUGGAGUACGAGGAGCUUUUGCGAACAGUCAUGGACGCCGAGGUCGAGAAGCGAGGCGUCCCUGGUACUGAAGACGAGCCACCGGCCACCGCAGACGAUAUCCCUCUUUCCAGGACUGGCUCCCUAUUUCUCAUUGCAGCACAGAAUGUAAAGCAAGAAUUGUAUGCUUCGGCCAAGGAUGCCCAAUCAUCCUCGAUUCCCAUCUUUCCAGGACAUGCUACCAUCAUUAGCAACUUUGUCGGCCAGCUAGGCCCGCAAACAGUCGGUCUGGAGCCAGAAGCCCUUCUCGACGUGAUCGUCGCUCUUGGCCUCAUUGCCCUCGAGAGGAACAACGUUGGCGAGCCCAAAGAUGACGAAAGCUUUGCGCAAUACCUCCAGGCUAUAUCACUCAUCUCAGCAAAUACGCCAUCACCCAGUCUGCGCGGUCAUGCACAUUAUCUGACCACUACCGUAUUACGAUCUCACCCCCAUGACCUCGUUCGCCUUACCUUUAUCCGCGACACCCUCGAGUACUGUCCGUACGAGAACUUGAAAGCCAGUGCGGUGUCAUGGCUAAAGGGCGAAACACUGGAAGCCAACGCUCCAGGCCCUCAUGAUGAUGACGAGGGGCACACAAGCAUCUUCGCAACACCGGUCGCAUUGUCAACAGUUGCGCCCUACUUGUGGCCAAAUGUGACAAAGCAAUACGCGUUCACAGACGCGGAUCUGGCGGAUACUUGGAUGCAGUUCCGCCAAGAACUUGGGUUUUACGUCGCAGCGCUGAACUUCUAUUACCUCCUACUACAGGCUAAAUAUCUUCACGGGCCUCUAGGUGUAAAAGAUCUCAAGAUUGGUGACCACUACCUCACACCGCUCAAGAGUGCUGCAGCCCGGUUCCAGGCGGAGCUUCGCCAAGGUGGUGGCGCACUAGGCAUCGACAGCGACGAAGAGGCCCUUGAGCAGGCGAAGGCUGACGUUGGAUUACUUGAGAAGGUGAUUGAGUGGGUGGAGGGUGGUCUGCAGAAGUUGUAG